AUGGACAUACCGUCAGCUUUGCCAGGCCUGUCGUCGCCAGUCUUCGAAUGGAAACCUAGGUGGCUGCUCAUAUCUACUUCAGAUGUUGGACCCACCGCCCUUUUUCUCUGGACAGAUGCUAAGGUAGUCAGGGGCGAAGCAGACAGGAGGUACAGGCAGUACACUGACGAGCUAGACGUGUUGACACACAACUACGUCACAUGGUCACCGUGGUCUCGGUGGGAGCUAGAGGGGUACCUUAGUCCACGCUGCGAGGAGGAGGAUAGCGAUUGGCUUUACGAUGGCCCACUCAUCUUCUUCCACGUGGUCGAGAUGCACUACCCUUGCAGGGUUUACAGACAGUUCGGGAGGCUGCAGGGGAUUCCACCGCUGUAUUCCACAAACGCUGAGCUGCAUAGGAUUGAUCGUAGGUUUCGGUCCACGCAAAAGGAUUGGGCGGUCAGGCACGAUGCACAUUUGCAGACUUGGUAUCACAGGCAGGUUCCCCUCGUCAACUCACUACCACCGCACGACCCGGCCAGAUGGAUGGAGUACCUACAGUGGCUGCACCGGAGUACGAGGACUCAUAUCAUGGUCCCGUACACCAACACCCCUGCAGAUGAGGGUGGUGUGGAUGACAUCGCCGAUGCGUUCGACGAGGUGCAAAUGGUUGACAAACAGUUGUCCAAAUGA